UCAAACCUAGCAGCACGGCGUUUCCUUAAACCUGCUAUUUUCCCAGCAACAGUCCGUUUCCCAGCUCUUUGUUAUCACCGAGGAGCAGCAGCGGCACUUUGCCAUGGCCGAGUGGCCAACUUGUUGAUGUUGUCGCACUUGUUUCGUUUUUCAUUCAGGAAUGUGAAGAUGCCAGAUUCUUUCAGCACCAUCCCCACAGAAACCCUCAACUCAAAAACUUCCCUAGAGGACCUGUUAACACACCCUACAGACCCAGCAGACAGCUUCAUUAACACUCUCAGUAACAUCAGCAGUGUUGGUGGAGCGGUUAACCCUCGCUGCACCUACAAGGAAGACUUUAAGCGCAUUUUACUUCCUGCUGUGUACACCAUUGUCUUCCUGCUUGGGAUUCCUCUGAAUGCCACCGUCAUACUGAAGAUAUGGAGGAAGAGGUCCAAUUUGUCCAGAAACAACAUCUACAUGCUCAACUUGGCCAUAGCCGACUUUCUGUAUGUGAUGUCACUUCCUUUACUCAUCUACAACUAUGCGAGUCAUGACUACUGGCCCUUUGGGGAGUUUACCUGUAAGAUGGUCAGGUUUCAGUUCUACAGUAAUCUCCACGGCAGCAUCCUGUUCCUGACCUGCAUCAGUGUGCAGCGUUAUUUGGCCAUUUGCCACCCUCUCUCGGUGUGGCACAAGCAGGGCGGUCGCAAGAUGGUAUGGUGCGUCUGCGGAUUGGUAUGGCUGGUGGUUGGCUCCCUGUGCGCGCCAACUUUCCACUUUGCAGCAACAGGGCAACAGCGCAACCGCACCGUGUGCUACGAUUUGAGCACGCCGGGGCGCUCGGUAGACUACUAUCCUUACGGCAUGGCUCUGACGUGCCUCGGCUUCUUGCUGCCUUUCAUAGGCGUAAUGGUUUGCUACUGCAAGAUGGCCUUCAUCCUCUGCCGCCCAGUGUCGUACCAGGGCGUCUCCAUAGCGCCCGGGGAUAAACGAGACAGGGCGGUGAGGAUGAUCAUUAUUGUAGCCGCAGUGUUCUGCGUAAGCUUCCUCCCGUUUCACCUCACAAAGACUCUGUACCUGGUGGUGCGCACCUUGCCCAAUGCUCCCUGCACAACAAGAAACUUGUUCUCAAUCAUCUAUAAGAGCACCAGACCGUUUGCCAGCAUGAACAGCUUUCUGGACCCGAUUCUGUUUUACUUCACGCAACCACGCUACCGCCGGAGCACCAGGAGGUUUAUGCGCAGAGUCACCACUCUAAAGAGCCAAGGCAGCAGCUUGUGAGCGAACAGUUCUCCUUGAAGCCUUGUUAAGAUUUAAAACCCAGAGAUGGAUUAGUUUUCCAACCUUGUUUUUUUGAGGUUCCUUCUCUUAUUACAGUAAGCUGUUGUCCUUGAGGCUUUCAGCUAUUAGUGACUAAAAAAUGUGUUUAAUAACUGUCUGAAGAAGCCAUCUGAAGUGCCAUACAAAGACUCAAUGCAGUGUGAAUGGAAAAUGUUGACAGUGUCCUGCUUGCAUUGUUUUCAACUGGGAAUUAUUAUCACACUGACUGUGAGUGUGUUUGAUUGUGCGAAUUCAUAGAUUUUGGUUGGAUGGGGAAUACUGUAAUCCUCUAAUGAAAACGUCCUGCACUGUACAUAAGUGAUGUUUACUUUCAAGCUCCACUGCACUGCUUUUUUUUCUGAAAUCCCCCUUUUUUUUUGCAUUUUUUAACACACUGUGACGUGUACUUUAAAUUGAAACUACUGAAUUAUUGUGGAAUUUUAGUAUCUAUGCGAGGUGUUAUGAUAGAGAUGCAUCGUGCUGGAAUGAGAUGCUGUUGAGGAAAGGAGAAAAUAGUUCAUUUGAACUUGCUAGGGUAAAAUCCUCUCUGGCACUGUUUUUGGUGGUGUUUAUGCUUGCAUGUUGAAUCUGCAUGAAGCACUAGUCUGAGGAAAGGAACUGAAAGGUGGGGUUGGGGGUAUACUUUGCAAACACGGCUGCAAAAAACAGAAGUUUUUGUUCACUGAUUUAAAAGUGGAGUAUUAUGCGUUCCAAUGAAGGCCUGUAGCUCUGUUUUUCCUUGAAAGUGACGCGUUUCUACAUUAUCUAUGUCGUAAUAGCUGCUGUUUUGGGUUUUAACCACUGGAUAGUGUGCACACGCCACUGCUGUAGCCCCACUGCCUCUGUCCUCUGCCACAAUAGUUUUUGGGUUUUUUUGCCUGUCCCGUUUGGAUCUUUAGCCAUCAGACUUGUUGUUUGAAGGCCAAGAAAGAUGCCUAGUGGAUUUACUUUACCAAGUGGAUCAUCUGUCAUAAUAGUAUUGAUGUUAAUAUGGUAAAUGGCCUGCAUUUGUAUAGCGCUUUUCUAGUCCAUAGGACCCCAAAGCGCUUUACACUACAUUCAGUCAUUCACACACAGGCGAUAGCAAGCUACAUUGUAGCCACAGCUGCCCUGGGGCGCACUGACAGAGGCGAGGCUGCCGGACACAGGCGCCACCGGGCCCUCUGACCACCACCAGUAGGCAAACAUGGGGUUAGUAUCUUGCCCAAGGAUAUUUGGUAUGCAGCCAGGAUGCAGCCUGGGAUCGAACCACCAACCUUCUGAUUAGUGGCUGACCUGCUCUGCCACCUGAGCUACAGCCACCCCGCAAUCUACAGCCAACCCACGAUCUAAUACGUGCUAUAUUUUAGCACGUAUUAGAUCUUACAGUCACAAAUAAACCAUUGUCAAGAAAACCGUUAAAUGUGCAGCUCACAGCACGCUGACAUAGGCCAUCAGUUGCUGACUAAUCUCUGUUUUGUACUUAUAAAUUCUGCAGCCAAUGAAGGAAAUCAGUUUAAAUUAUAUUUUUAAUUCAGUUAUUUUUUAAAAGUCAUUUAAAGGUAAAGAUAGAAGCAGAUUGUGGAGUUAAGGGCAUUAAAUUAACUCUGUGUUUUUUAUGAGUGUGUGAAUCUUUUCAGUCUAACUGGGAUUCCUGUACAUAUGAAAUGUUUAGUACUUAGUACUGCUUUGACGUGAUUUAGCUGUAUGAAGUAGGUUGUCAGCUGCAUGAUCUGGUGACUUAAAAUGUUCAUGAAAUGAACAUAAAUGUAGAUGGCAUGUGCCUGCAUGUACAUAUGUGUACUUUGAUGUUUACUGUAAAAAUGUGCCCUGUGUUUUACAUGUCAUACCUGCCUUUCAUAGUGAGCACCUUUAUCAUGUUUUUAAACAGUGAGUCUUUGCCCCGUGACGAGCUUGAGACAAACAAUGCACUUACCGUGUAGUGAAAUAAACGUGAUUAAUAAUUUUGUGACAUUCGUGUUAACCAGAAGAUUUCAGAGUAGCCAAACCCAUAUGUUACACUAGACUUUGCCAGCUUGAAGACCGGUAUGUUGUUAAAUUCUGAAAUGACAAUGUGAAAAACGGCUUUCAAAUCGUGUUGCUCUGAAGCUCCUGUAACAGGUUAACACUUUAAGUAUUUGUUGUAUGUGUCAGUCUAAUGUGAAUGUGCAGUUUUGACCUCAGAAUGAGGUGAUGAUGUGCUUCAGUUUCCUAAUGUGUGCUCAUGUGUACCUGUACAUAGUAACAAUAGUCAUGUAAUAUGUGUGUGUUGUACUACUGGCUUUAGAAAAAGUGAAUGUCACAGUCAUCUAUCAUCUAUUGAGACCCAGACGUCAGUAUUAGUUAGAAGAGUUAUUUUUAUCGAAUUCCCUAACAAAUAAAUAAUGGGAAUGGUAUUUUAUUUUUAUAGACAUGUAAUUAUGUUGAUAGAAAAACUAAAACUGAAGUUUUUUUUUAAUUCUUUUUGCUGUACAGAUGCUUAAUUUUCUGUGAUGUGUUUCUGAUUGUUGCC